AUGACUCUGGAUCUUGAACACCAGCCAGAUGAAGCAAAGAUGGUAUUUCGAUGCCUGUGCUCCGAGGAGUUGCACCUGGUGGACGCCGCCUGCCAGGCGCCCACGCGGGUGGUCUCACAAGAAGGCGAUGGAGUGCUCACCUUCGCCAUCGAUCGGCUGGGGUUGCACGCGUGCACGAGUCACAGGAGCGGCCUGCUGCGGCACUUCUCCCUGGGUGAGAAGGUCGCAUUGGUCAGAUCCUGGCGGGGCCACGAUCAGGUGGUCGCGGACGUUAGCUUCGACACCACCGGGGCCCUCGUGGCAACGGGCUCUGUGGACCAGACGGCCAAGGUGUGGGACUUUCAGGGGUAUUUCUGCACCCACAACUUCAAGGGCCAUGCGGGCAUUGUAACGCUGGUGCGCUUCCAUCCUGCGCGGCUGCAGCUCGUCACAGUGGCCAACACGGAGGUACGGCUGUGGGACUUGGAGUCCUCCGUCUGCGUCGCGGUCCUCAAGGAUCAUCUGUCCAGCAUCUCUUCGAUGUGCUUCGGCCCUGUGAAGUCCAAGCUCUACCAGCUCGUCACCGGCGGUCGUGACCAGGUCGUGAACGUUUGGAACCUGGAGGAAAAGUGCUCUCUGGUGCGCUCCAUCCCGGUGUUUGAAAACGUGGAAGGCGUCGUUGCCAUUCCAACGAAGCGACUACGGCAGCAGUGUAAGGAGGCGCACUCCGACUGCGGGCCGUUCAGUGCUUGGCUGAGGGAGGACGAGCAGCCUCCACCCUUCGUGAUUUUCACCGUGGGGAACAAAGGCGUGGUCCGCGCCUGGAAUCCACUCGACGGCAAGGCUGUCGCCAGCCACGACUCUCCGCACGCAGCCAAAGGUGAGCUGCGCCAAAUCCACUGUUUGGACGCCAGCGGUGGCACCAAGAUGGUGACCGUCGGCGAGGACAUGAAUCUCAUGAUCUGGUCGCUGCCGGAGUUUGAAGUCAGCAGCCACAUCAUGGGUCACAACGAAGAAGUUGUCCACGUCCAGCUCAUCCCUCAAAUCACUUGGCCGGAGGAGCAAGCGGACGGCUCUGGGACUUCGCCAGAGAUAGUAGCGCAGCGAUUUGUUUGCAUCGCCAAUGACGAGCACCCCAGGGUGGUCACCUGCGAGGGCUUCGGGGCAAGCUUGCUCCGGGGCCACACCGACGUGGUCAUCUCCUGCGAUGUUUCGCCUGACGGAGCUUGGAUUGCUACCGGCGGCAAAGACCAGUCCAUCCGCAUCUGGAGCUCCAGCACCUGCCAGUUCGCCUGUAUCUGUGCUGGCCACGCCGGCGAUGUGUCGGCUCUGUCCUUUGCGAAGCGUCGCCCGCGCAGCGUGCGCGCUGCCUCGCAGCAGGAGCAGCUGCCGAUGCUCUUGGUUAGCGCAAGUCAGGACAAGACCAUGAAGAUCUGGGAGUUGCCUAGUGCCAAGAAGCUCGAGCAGGUGCUGGGCCAAGGGCUGAAGGUGAAGAAGUCAAAGUUGACAGUCAUUGCUCACUCAAAGGAAGUCAAUGACGUCUUAGUUUCACCAAACAACAAGCUCAUUGCCAGCGGUGGGCAGGACAAGUUGGUUCGCAUUUGGAAGUUUCCGGAGGGCGACAUGCUCGGGGAGUGCAAAGGACACCGGCGAGGUGUUUGGUGCGUGGCGUUCUCUCCCAUCGACCAGGUGGUGGCCUCUGCCUCUAGUGAUGCCACCAUCCGGCUCUGGAACCUCAAGGAUUUCAGGGCCAUCCGCUCCUUCCAGGGGCACAGCAGCGCGGUUCUGCGCGUCGCCUUCUUGGCGAACGGCAUGCAGCUGAUGAGCAGCAGCGUGGACGGCCUGCUUAAGCUCUGGCACAUCAGGACUGCAGAGUGUGCAGCCACCCUCGAAGAACACACCAGCAAAGUCUGGUGCAUUGACAUCCUGGGCGAUCGGAUGGUUUCUGGCGGUGCUGACUCCAAGAUUUGUGUUUGGCGCGAUUCCACCCUCGAAGUGGAGAAGCAGCGCCAGGAUGAGAAAGCGGAUCUCGCGAUCAAGGACUCCCGAAUCGGCCUUCUGGUCAGAGAGGGAAAGGUGGAAGCAGCCUUGACGUUGGCUCUCGAGCUGAAACGGCCCGGCCAGAUGCAGCAAAUACUGCUGGAUCACACGAUGGACAUGGUCGGACGGACGCUGUUUGCUAGCGCUGAAGGGGCGCCGCCGGUGAACAACACCGUGAGCGGCAAGAGCCGGACGAAGCGUGGCAUGCAGCGUGGCCGGAAGGGCGACCGGCAGAAGAGUAGCAAGGAUGGCACCGUCGCGGUUGCAGCCGAGGAUGCUCCAAAUGCUGACAUCGACCUCCGACGAUGGGUGCUUUCCCUGACCGACCCGCAGCUGGAGCAGCUGGUUGACAUGUUGGAGCAGUGGAACUCCAACCGAAGAAUGGCACCGCUUGCCCAGAUGCUCUUUGCGAUUCUCCUGCUGUCCGUUCCAGCCACCAAGCUCUCCUCUUUGGAAGGAAUGAAUGCCACAUGCGGCAACGUCUUGUCCUAUGCCCAACGGCACAUGGCGCGCAUCGAGUCGCUGUUGCAGAAGACCCUCGUCGGCGUUGUCGCCUUCUUCGACGUCGCAGUGCAUGCCGCCCUCAAGCGCACGAUGGACGUGCUUCUGGGAGACACGGACGAGGCGACGAAUCUACGGCUCGAGGUUAGUGGCUAG